AUGCUUCCACAAAACGACCACACAUUCUCUCUUCAAGAAAAAGAACAAAUUCUUUUAAAUUUCUUACGAAAUGAGCUACAAAUGAAAGCUGAAACAGAAUAUCAUGAUCCUUCCGAUACCGUCGAUGAUUGGAAGAGAGCUCUCAAUGGAAGGUAUUCCGAUACUGAACAAGUACACUAUAAAUUAUGCAAGAAUUUCUUUCUUCACCACAAAAAAAAGAAACAGCAAAAGUUUUACGGAGUUGCUUUGGCUGAUACCAUGGUAGAUAUGAACAGCAUGUCCAAACAGCUUGGUUUGGGGUCUGGAAAUUUGAGGUUUGCUGACCCUGAGGAUUUGGCAACAUUUUUAGAUAUUCAGCCAGGUCAUGUCACUCCGCUAUGUUUUCAUGUGUUACACCCUAGUGUACAGAAACAAAGACCUGAUGUAUUGAAGAAGGGAAAUGAUGAAUCACCAUCUGUUGUGGAAAAUAUGAAAACACUUACAAUUAUUGUGGAUGCUGCUUUGUUAAGGAAAAAUUCAAAUACGUCUGCCACUACCAUGCUGCUUUUCCAUCCAUUGCACAAUUCAGCAAGCACGUCAAUGAGUCAGGAGGAAUUUGUUAAAUUUAUGAAAUCAUGUUUUGGUGAAGAAGCAUGGCAACAAGUCAUUGUGUAUGAUUUUGAAACAAAAACGAAAUUGACAAUACACGAUGUUGAUUUUAACUAG